AACCGGCGGGAGCGCACAUUCGUCGGCAGUGUCUGUGCGACCUGUGAUGAACCUCUCGAACAUAUCCUGCGCGGAGAGGCGAUUCUGCAGUUGACGUGCGGGCACAUCUCUCAUGAGGCCUGCCUGCACGAAUAUGUCCGUGACGGCCAUAGUGCUGUCUGUCCGACGUGCGAAGCGCCGCUGGAUUUCGAUACCAGCCGUGGCGGUAAGGUUGACUAUGACAGCCUACGCAAGCUCAUACGUGCGACACAAGACACAAUCGAUCAACGACGAAGCAGUCGUCCAACUCAAGCGCAGUCAACCACCUCGUCCGUUAGCUACACAGCAGAGAACGCGGCCGAGGUUCUACCCGAGGCAGUGUCGGACCGGAGGUCCGACGGCUCGACCACCAGGAGUCUGUUGGUGAACGGCGAGGAUGCCGCCCAGUCCCAAGAUGGCAUGAAUAUGCACAGUAGGAAUGUCAGCAGUAUUGGCUCCCAUGGCUCCACAGAACCGAAACAGCGACGUGCGGAUGCCCGCAGCGAUCACGAGCUGCCAGCGGUAGAAUUGCCGUCUGACGGUCGAAACGACUUGGACAGAUUCCCUGUUCAGGAACCGACAAUAGUGAUGCGCAGCGAAUUUCCUUCCAUCACUAAAUCACGAUACCAACAAAGCCUCACGUGCAUGGUCACGAUAGAGGUUGCAGAGAGCAGCUGGCCUACCUUGCCAGAUUCAAACCUCAUCUCGCCAUCAAUUCAAGCGAAGCAGGAACAGCUUUCAUUACAGCCAAGUCCAAUGCCUAAUCUACCCGCGCACACCCCCAGCGUGCAAGAAGGCAUCGAGGAUCUCGAAAGGGCUCGCGAAGAGCUUUUCCAGCGCGUUGACGAUUGGCACGGACUAGAUCCGAACAACUUCGGCAAGCUGAAGCUGCGUGGAUCAGCAAUCAAAGUUGGCAAGGAUCGCAAAGUUUGGCAAGAGCUUGACUGUUACCUCUUCUCCGAGAUGCUCAUCUGCGUCAAGGAGAAAAAGGUUUCCGCGAGUGCAUGCCAUGUCUGGGAUGGUCUAGAGCAAUCUGCGCCCGCCGCUCGCUGGGUGCUCAAGGGCUCAAUUCUGAUCAAGAAGCAUCUGGAGGAAGUGGCAGCGGUUCCCGAUCAUGACAUUCUGACGUUAGGCCUGUCCGUGCCCCAACUUCCCGCCUUUCACCUACUGUUCGCGUCGCGUGCGGAUCUUGAAAUAUGGAGUCAAGCUCUCAAUAGCAUCGAUUGGGAAGCACGCUUCUCCUUGAGCAAAAUGGAUCUGGACGAGAUCAUUUCCGAGAUCGAGAAUAACGCUACAAAGCAUCAUGCAGAAACGCCACAGCAGACGACGGCGAACUCGCCGGUCGAGGAAGUGCCUCUGAAAUUGAAGUCACCGCCUCUCGAGACAGCUGUUGGUGCUCAUAAAGCACUCGUAUCUAUGCGCCCUCUUCAUAGUCCCAUGGACAUUGUUGUUGUCUUUCCAAUCUCCUCUGCCGCGCACGGGUUCAAGGCGGACAUCUUACGGGAUUCUCUACGCUUCCUGUUGUCCUUGCUCGGCGAUCGGGACAGGUUGGCUAUCAUAACAGUCGGCGACGACAGCGGUAGCAAAAUUCUCGCACCGCUGACCACCAAGUAUUCCGCCAGCUGGUCAUCAAAGCUGGGCCAAAUCCAACCACUGGAGCAACAGGACACAGUACCAGAUAUCAUAGAGGGUGCAAACGCUGCCGUCGAUAUUCUCAUGCGUCGACGCUUGUCUAAUCCAAUUGCUCAGGUCUUUCUCCUGAGCGACGUAGGAUCAGCCGCAGCCGAAACCAGCAUCGACUUGUUAACGGCACGGGCUGACACUGGCAACAUUGGCAUCUACACCUUUGGUCUUGGCGUCACGCAUACACCAGACGCUCUGCUCCGGGUCUCAGAGCGGACGAGAGCGAGCUAUACUUACGUGAAAGAAUGGCAUAUGCUCCGCGACUGUCUCGCUGGUUGUGUAGGCUCAUUGCAAAGCAUCUCACACCAAAAUGUCAAGCUUCGCCUGCGCCUACCCGAUGGCUCGCCUGCAAAAUUUGUCAAAGUUAGCGGAGCGCUUGAGUCAGCCAAGAACGUGCCCGGGAGAUCGGUUGAGGUGGCACUUGGCGAUCUUCGCUAUGGAGAUCGACGCAAUGUAUUGGUGCAACUCAUCAUUCAGCCAGAACGCAUCACUGAAGCCGUCCUUUCAGAUCAUUUCGAGAGCAUGGUGUCAAAUCUACCAGGCAUGAGCCCGAUUGAGCCUCCUGAAAAUCGCUCGGCACUCGCAGAGGAAGUCCUUCUACUAGAAGCUGAUUUAGAUUGGGGUGAUCUGACACGUGAUGGGAGCCGAGUGCAACUUCCGGAACACUCGACCCUAGCUGUCAAUCGACUUCCUUCAUCCCCAUUCCAUGAGUUUCACUUGCCGAACCGCCCAAGAACACCAUCAACACCACCUCACCCAUACAUUGUUCAACGGCGUCUCGAACUUCUGACUUCAGACAUGCUCUCGCGUGCACUGCAGCUCAUCGAUCAAGGCCAGAGUGCCAGAGCCACUCACCUGCUGUCCGAAACUAGGACCAUUCUUCAAGGCCUUGGAAAGGUCAACAUUUCUUCUCUUCCAUCUCCUCCGCCAUCUGUCGCACUACCACCCACUCCGAAGACUCCCACCAAGGGCAGCCCGAUCAUAGCUCCUCUGAGCGCGCCUUCUGUUUCGUUCGAUCCGGCGAUGAUGGCAAUCCUUGACUCUGAGCUAAAUUCCAACUUGGACUGGAUUGCUCACCCGGACAUUUUUGCACGAGACCCUCGCAAGGCUAUUUUGCAAUCCAUCGGUGUCAUCAGCACACAGCGAGGUUUCACAUUACGUACACCUACCGAAGCACUAUGUGCAGCUCGCAUUUCUGGCGUUCAGCACGCGUUGAAGCAAAGUCGGGCAUGG